UUUUUAGGAAGAAUGAAUGGUUUAGGUAAGAAUUGAGGAAAUUAGAUCAAGGAGGGGAGAUAGAGGGGUUUAGAGGGUUUUAUUGAGGCUGGAAAUGGAUUUUGGACUAAGGGUGUGAGAGUAGAGAUUUUAGGAGAGAAGGUAAAAGGUGAGAGGAGGAAGAAAACGUAUUUGACGAAUAAUCCUUCUAAGGAUUCUUUGUUGCAGAGAUUGACUUCUGAUACUUUUUCGACGAGAAGUAAAAAGAAAGAUGAGCGAGUUCAGAGGCGCAAAAAGCUUAACACAAAUCAUCAAUCAAAGCAGAGCUUCAUAGAACCAGUGACUAAAUAAGUUUGACUUUGCCAAGGACUCCAGCUUGAGUCGCAAAAGCAAUAAAUCUGGUAAAAUGCUAUCUCUUUCAACUACCAAAAGAAAGAAACCUGAACAGAAAGAUUGCUCAUCUUCAACACGAACUGGCAUCACUCGAGAGAAAAAGGCUGAUCUAACUGUAAAUAAAACGGCCGCUCCUAAAAAGCUAAAGAAUGGCUCUACCAAAGACCUUCUCAAUACACGGAAAAGCUUUGAAUAUAAAGGAUCAAUGACUCAGAGGAAGACGAAGUCAAGAACAUCUGAAUUGUACAAUUCUUCGUUAAAGUCUCCUCGGAAGAGCACUCAACAGAAACUACAAAAAUCUCCAAAGCCUCAAAAAUCGAUGAAAGUAGAAAAGAAAUUUGAAAAUGAAGAAAGUACGGAAAUAGUUCCAUUCCCAAGCUUUAAGGGAGGAGAAGAAAGUAGAGUUCAGACACUUCAUUCUGAUAUGGACUGAGUCCAUAACUCUCCUGACUUUAAGAUAAACCUGACUGAUAAAAGCAACACUAUCAUCAAGGACUCUAACAAGUCUUUGAAAAUGGACUCGAUCGAGGAAGAAAAGUUUGGAAAUAUAACUACAAAAGAUUCAAAUUUCAUACAUAUUGGGAGUACUGAAAUUAGCCCUCACGAGUCCUUCUCCAGAGAGCCAGAGGGUAGGAUUAGACCUGCCCCUGAAGUUACUUGUAGCCCACAGGAAGAAGAGGAUAGAGAGAAAGCCAUUACUCUUCAAAUUGAGCUUGCUGAAAAGACUAAUGAAAAUAACCGCCUUCAUGACCAAAAUAAAUCCUUGCAACAACAAAUGGCUCAAUAUGAAGAAAUGCUUUCUAAGAUGAACCAUGAAUAUGAAAAGAUCCUUAGUGAAAAGCUGAAGGAUUCCCUCAGGAGCACUGAGAGUGAGAAGCAAAUCUUGUCCUUAACACAACAGCUUACCAACAUCGAGAACACUACCGAGCACAGGAUCUCAUCACUAGAUUCUCAGUUAAAGGAAGCACAGCGAGAUCUUGAGGUUAAGAAUCAAGUAAUAGAGACUUCUAAGAAGACUAUAUCCGAUUUGGAGGCAGAAAUAACUGCCAAUCUGAACCAGAGCCUUCAUAUUAACAAGAAUGAGGUAGAAUUGCGGCAAAAGAUAGAUGAACAAAACACAAAAAUUGUCAAAUUAGAAGCCAUCAUUCGUGAGAAUAAGGAGCAGUUCUAUAUUAUCAAUACUGAAAAUGCCAACCUUAAGAGUGAUAUUCAGAGCCUUACGAGCCUUGAAAAGGCAUUAAGAAGCGAGAAUAGUAGUCUAACGGAACAAAGACAAGAAUUGGAAAAUACUCUCCAAAUGGUCAAGGGAAAGAUCUCUCAAGACUCUUUGAAGCUCAGGAAAUAUGACAGUGAAAUUGAAGCUAUGAACAGACAGAUUAUGAGAAUGCAAAACUCCAUCAAUCUUUCGAAUCGAGAGGUUGAAGAUUUACAGAGCGAAAGCAAUAUGCUAAAACAGACCAUCAAUAAUAAGGAAAAAGAGAAUAUCUUGUUGAAGAAAGCUCUUGAUAUGAAAUGCAUGGAAUUAAAGACCACCCAACAGAAUUUGAAUAGGUCAAAUUCGUUGCUUGAAGCUCAUAAAUCUAAACCUGAAUAUUAUGGUCCAGACCAAAAUGAAAAAGAGCACAAUUCUUCUAUGAGAAUGGAUAGGACUCCUCAAUGUUCAAGCUUUUAUAGAAAAGCUCAUAAUAAGAACUCUAUUGAGUCUAUGUUAUCCCCAUAUGCAUCUCCAAUUUCAUCUUUUAGGAAGCAAAAUCAGAGUUUCAGGAGUAAUCUAAGUAAUAGUUCGUUUGCUGCAAGAGAUAUUUCUGCUCCUCCUCAACCACUGAAGCCAUUGACCCCGAUGAAGGCUUCUAAUGAACAUUACAGAGAAACUUCUCCGAUCUCAGAAUCCUUCACUGGAAUUGACGAUGGAAGUUAUGAAUUCGUCCAUAGCCAGUUAAAAUCAAUGACUCUUGAGAAGAAGAGAUUGGAGAAUGAAUACUCCCGCUUGCCCAUAGUUAUUGAUAAAAGCCCUUCUAUUAAACGUCGUAAGGAAUUCUUAGAGAAUCAGCUGACUCUUUUGGAGAAGAACAUUGAUUCAUACACUGUACGGUUGCGUGAACUAAAUUCUUAAUUUCAACAGAUCCACAAAUCAA